AUGAGCCUCAGGUCUCGAUUCACCAUAGCUAUCUCCUUCAUCGUCUUUCUUGUCUAUUUUCUUGGACCCAGACCCUCGAAAGUUCGCUCAGUUGUCAGAAAUCUCUUCGUUACCACCGAUAAACCACUGCGUCGCGAAUGGCGAGCUGGACCUGUCCCAGAGACGCAAAUGGCUCCGCACCAUCUUCCAGGCUUCUCUAUCUUCCGAAACCUCUACAUCUUCAACGGGACCAUUUUCAUCGUCACUACGAGACCAGAGUCAGUUCCAGAACCACGUCUGAUACUCUCCCAAGGCCUGGAGCUCCGACUCGAGGCAGAUAACGUGCCAGAUCAACGCACUCUUUCAGUCGUCACCCCGAAAGAAGCCAAGGCUCUCUUCGGAGACUUUGCAAGUCUCAUUGAUGGAGUAUCAUUUAUACAAACAGACGGUAGACAAUUUCUUCAACACUAUUAUCAUUUCGUUGUCGAGAUUUUUGCCUUUUGGCACUGGAGAUGCUACACCUCUCCAGACUACGACGAGUUCCUUGGCGGUUCUCUACGUGAUUACCCUCGUCGUUGGAUUUUUCCUCGUGUCAGUUUCGAUGAUUGGAUCGACCGCCCCAGACUGAAUCUGUGGACACUUCAAGCUGCCUUUGGUGGGUUUACCAGUCUCGAGUUCCAGUCAGACUGGGACCAACGUAUGGGCCUCCAUAGGCCUUUUGUCUUUGAUACUGUCAUCUUGGGGGAUCGCGCGGCGUGGCACAGAAAUCCAAAAUGGCGAGAGCUCAAAGAGCCGAAGGCUCUUUGGCCACUUCGACUUAGGGAUAACUGGUGGAGCCCUAUCCGCGAGUUGGUAAAGACCUUUGCUGCUCCAUCGCUCCCCCCAAGUAGAAGCUCGGUAAAGCCAGUUAUAACGUACAUCAGUCGACAGAAGACGAGCCGUAGACUCAGGCAGUUUGAUCACCUCCAACUUGUUUCCGCUCUGGAAGACCUGUGCCGUAAGAAUGAUUUCGAGCUGUCGGUUCCAACAAUGGAAGAUAUGCCGCCACACAAGCAGAUUCACCUGUUGAGCAGAACGACAGUGCUGAUUGGUGUUCACGGAAACGGGCUCUCUGGACAGCUUUGGCUAAAGCCAUCUCCACGCACCACAGUCAUUGAGAUUUUCUAUCCGGGGGGAUUCAUAUUUGACUACGAGUACGUUGCACGUGUUCUUGGUCAUACCCAUUACGGUGUAUGGAAUGAUACGUACUUUACAGCACCAAACCUGCCAAAAGUUCAUGGCCCCCCGGGCUUUCAUGGUUCUGACAUUCCUGUUAGCCCAAACAUUACGGAGUUAAUCUAUCGUAGACUGACACUUCCGAACCCGAUGGAUGCUUGA